AUGUCAUCAUCCACAUUUCAUAAUGAGAGUUCCACUACAAAUGGUACUACCAACUCCAUAUUCGAUCAUCAUUAUUUUGAUCCAUCUAAUGGAGAGAGAGGUCUAAAUGAAGAUCCAGAUAUCCUUGAUGAGUUCUUAGAUCAGCGCGUUUAUGAUUCUAUAGGAACUAAUACUCCUAUUUCAGGGAGUCAAAUCAAAUUAGAACGUCCAGAUUUACUUGAUAGUUUAUUUCCAUCUAUGGAUGCCACCGAUAUCAACACCAAUACCAAUAAUAAUAAUAAUAGUAAUAAUAAUGAACUUGGAUCAUCGGAUUUAUCAAAUAAUACUUCAACUAAUCAUACUAAUAAUGCAAAUAAUGACUAUUUAUAUUUGGAUGUAUUAAAUUUCCCUAAUAAUAACAAUACUACUAAUAAUAGUAGUAUGUAUACGAGUCCUCUGGAUCAUAAAGAUAUAAAGAAUGAUAGUCCUGAUUCAAACUAUGAUUAUGCUCGUGAUGAAUUAUCGAAAUUAAAAUUUGGAAACUAUUCAAUGAAAUUUUGUCCAGAUACAAUCGAUGUAAGAGAUGCAUCAUAUCUUGAUUUUUCUUCAGAAGCCUUAUCUAAAUUAUCUUAUAAUUUACAAGUAUCAAAUUUACCAAAUUAUUCAAGAGUAGAAACUCAAAUUAAAUUAAAAUUAUCAUUAAGUCCUCCUCCACCUCAAGUUCUUUUACAUAUACCGCAAGAUUUAAUUUCUAAGAAUAAAUUUUGUUUAAAUGAAGAUAUUAAUAAUUUAAGUCCUAAAUUAAAAGAAAGUUUAUUAUUUUUAGAUGCUUAUGUUUUAACAUCAGAUUUAUCAAAAUCUUGUAAUAUAUGUUCAAGAUGUAUAAAGAGAGAACAAAAGAGAGCAUCAAGAAGAAAAGCAGGCUUUGAAUUGAAUGGGAAUGAAACAACUUAUAGUACUCCAACUCCAAUCUCUUCUGGUUCAGUAGUUAAAAAUAAUCCAAAUUCUUGGAAUGAUGAUCAAAUGAUGAAAAAGGGAAUAAUAUUUAAUUGUAAAGAAAUUGUAUCAUUUCCUCCUCCAACUGGUUUAAAUAAUGAUUCAAGUAAAUCAUUAGAAUUAUCGGCUAGAAUUAUAUGUUAUUGUAGACAUCAUAAAGAAUCAGAAGGAUUUAAAUUAUUAUUUGUUAUUAGAAAUAGUGAAGGAAUUGUUGUAGGUAAACAAUUAUCAUCACCAAUUAUGAUUAUGGAUAGAAAGAAAAAUACUGCAUCCGUUAGAAAUGAUAAUUCAGUACCGAAUUCUGUAGCUGGAUCUUCAACUAAUUUACAAUCAUUAAAUUCAAGUUUUGGUAAUGAAUCAAAUAAUCGUUCAGAAUUUAAAAAGAAGAAAUCAAAUUCUGAUAGUGAUAUGGAUCUUGAAAAUGAUGGUGAUGAUAAGAGUCCAUUACAUCCAUUAUCUCCUAAUUCAAUUGAUGAAUCUGCCUCAGAAAUUCAAACUAAUACUGAUACUGAUGGUAGAUCAUUAAAACGAAAGAAAUUAUCAAUUGAUGAUUCAUUUAAUAGUUCUACCAAUCCAAUGUUUAAUGGAAGUACUCAUGGUUAUUCUCCAUUAAGUAAUAGUGAUACAAAUACUUCAACCACCAAUCAUAAUAUGCUUUCAAAACCUAAUGGUAUGUUACUUAAUGCUCCACUUUUUAGUACGGGUGUAUCACCUUUAAGUCAUUCAAAUUCUCAAAGUUUAAGAGGUGCAUCUUCUGAUAUGUUAAAUUAUCCAUUUAUUCAAAGAAUUAUUCCAGCUCAAGGACCUAUUAGAGGAGGUAUAGAAGUAACUUUAUUAGGUCGUAAUUUCAGAACUGGUUUACAAGUUAAAUUUGGAGCCAAUCAAGCUUUGGCUACUCAUUGUUGGUCAGAUACAACCAUUGUAACUUAUUUACCAGCAGCUGCUCAACCAGGUCAAGUAUUAGUAAGUUUUGAAAAUCAUGAUACUGUAGCACUUAAUAGUGCUCAACAACAGCAACAAAUUUUUACUUAUACUGAUGAUACAGAUAGACAAUUAAUUGAAUUGGCUUUACAAAUUGUUGGAUUAAAGAUGAAUGGUAAAUUAGAAGAUGCUAGGAAUAUUGCCAAAAGAAUUGUAGGAAGUGAUUCUACUGCCAAUAAAUCACCCGUAGCCAAUGGUUCUACUAAUUCUGGAAAUUCUACUAAUACUGUUAAUAAUACCAAUGAUUGGUUUGAUAGUGCCCAUAAAGCUGCACAAGAAUUAUCUAAUCCUAAUUUAUCUACUGAAGUAAUUUUAAUUAAUUUCCUUUCAUUAGUAGAUUUACCUAAUUGUCCAAUUAUAAUUCCAAAUUGGCAAUUAUGUAAUAAAUUAGGUCAAUCUUUAUUACAUUUGGCUACAUUAAAGAAUUAUGGACAAUUAAUUAAAUUUCUUAUAACUCAUGGUUGUAAAAUUGAUUUACAAGAUAAUCAAGGAUUAACUCCAUUAUUUUUUGCAUCAUUAUGUGGACAUCGAGAUUUAAUUAAUAUAUUCCUUGAUUGUAAAUCUAAUUGGAAUUUAAAAUUACUGAAUGAUAAAUAUUUAAAAGAUUAUUGUGAUUUAAAUGUUUUGGAUAUUUUUAAUUCUUUAGAAGAACAAGUUCAUAGUGGUAAUGAAGAUUUUGAAGAUGUAUUAAAAAGUCUUGAAGAUGAAUCUAAAGAUGAUAAACUUAAUAAAUCUGUUAGUUUAGAUUCAUUAAAUUCUAUGUUUGCCAUGAAUUAUGGUCGUCAUAUUUCUAAAAUGGUUAUGCAAGAAGGUUCACUUGAACAAGGUGGUUCAACUUCAUCAUUUAAAGCCUUUGAAAAUUCAAAUAGACGAGAAACAUUAGAUAAUGUUAAUACGGGAAUUUCCGAUACUAAUUCUGAAUUUGCUGAUUCUGAAUAUGAAUCAGAUGAUUAUGAAGAUUAUAGUUAUGAAGAAGAUGAUGAUUAUGAUGAAGAUGAAGAAUAUAUGGAUGAUUAUGAAGGUGAUGAAGAAGAAGAAAUUGAACCUGAAAUUGAACCUGAAUUAAUUGAAAGUUCAUCUACAGUUCCAACAUCAACAUCACCAGAAGAAGAAGAAGAGCCAUUAAGUCAAGGAUUAUGGCAAAAGGUUAAGAAUGUAUUUAAUAGUGAAGGAGAAGAAGAUAAUUUACCAGCGUAUGAUGAUUUAUUCCCAUUUGGACCUUCAACUGGUGGAGCCAAACCUAAAACCGAUAUUGAAUUAAGUUUAAAUGAUUCUGGUACAUCACAUAGUAAUGUUGAACAAUGUGAAGAUGCAGGGGUUUCAUCUGAUUCAUCCGAAGAUAUGGUUCUUUCAUAUAUUAAUCAUCCUCGUAAGAAUGUUGAAAAUGAUAAGAUGUUAAUAUUCUUUUGGAUACCUGCAUUAAUAGUUAUUUGUAGUGUAUUCUUUAUGGUAAGUGUUAUGGGUUAUCGAUUUGAAUUUAUUGAAUCGAUUAAAUCUAUUAUUAGAAGUACCCUUGGAAAUAUUAUGGUUGGUAAUGAAAGAAUUGGGAGAGUAUUUAAAGCAGAAAUAGGAAAUGUGUUGGCCGAAAGACAAAGAGGCCGUAAUUAA